AGUGUGUCGAAGUGACUCGAUAGUGUUGAAGCACUAUAGUACAUAAAACAAUUUUAAACCAUUUUAUUAAUUAGAUAUACGCAUUGCUUAGCUGCGAUUAUAUGAUAAUAUAAAAUAACAAAACAACUGAAUAUUAUUGUGCAGUGUAUUACGAUACUUUUAUAUUGUCAGUGCUAAAAUCGAUUUUCUUUUUCUUGUCAGUACUCGAAUUCUUCGGCUUGCUUAUAUAUCUUAGAGGUGAAUAUAUAUUUAUUGUUUUAUUGGUGUAUGUGCAAGAAUAAUUGACACAUCUUUUGCGUUUGAAAUAAGAAAACAAGCAUAGAAUAAUCGAAAUGGUCAUUAGCCUUUUUUAACACCAAUAUUAAUACAACGUGUAGAUCAUGGCCGCUCAUCACUAUACCGUCGAAGUGGGCGAUACUAAUUUCACAAUACUUAGUCGUUACAUCAAAUUAAGGCCAAUUGGAUCUGGCGCACAAGGAAUAGUUUGUGCUGCCUAUGAUACGAUAACCGAGCAACAUGUCGCUAUUAAAAAGCUAUCUCGACCAUUCCAAAAUGUGACGCAUGCUAAAAGAGCUUACCGGGAGUUCAAGCUAAUGAAGCUUGUAAAUCACAAAAAUAUAAUAGGCUUGCUUAACGCAUUCACUCCUCAACGCAAUUUAGAGGAAUUUCAGGAUGUUUACCUUGUAAUGGAGCUUAUGGAUGCUAAUUUAUGUCAAGUUAUUCAAAUGGAUUUAGACCAUGAUAGAAUGUCUUAUUUGCUUUAUCAAAUGCUGUGUGGAAUCAAGCAUUUGCAUUCCGCAGGAAUUAUACAUAGAGAUUUAAAACCUUCCAAUAUAGUUGUUAAGGCCGACUGUACUCUAAAAAUUUUGGAUUUUGGACUCGCACGCACAGCUGGGACAACAUUUAUGAUGACACCAUAUGUUGUAACCAGAUAUUACAGAGCUCCAGAAGUCAUUUUGGGAAUGGGGUAUACUGAAAAUGUUGACAUUUGGUCAGUAGGUUGUAUUAUGGGUGAGAUGAUAAGAGGUGGAGUCCUCUUCCCUGGCACUGAUCAUAUAGAUCAAUGGAACAAAAUUAUUGAGCAAUUGGGCACACCGUCCCCAUCAUUUAUGCAGCGUUUGCAGCCAACUGUUCGUAAUUACGUUGAGAAUCGUCCACGAUAUACUGGAUAUUCGUUUGAUAGGCUCUUUCCUGAUGGUCUGUUUCCUAAUGAUAACAAUCAAAAUAGCCGACGGAAGGCAUCCGAGGCAAGGGACCUUCUCAGCAAGAUGCUUGUGAUUGAUCCCGAGCAGCGAAUAUCAGUUGACAGGGCAUUAAAGCAUGAAUAUAUCAAUGUUUGGUACGAUGCUGAAGAAGUCGAUGCUCCCGCUCCAGAGCCAUAUGAUCACAGCGUCGAUGAAAGGGAGCAUACCGUGGAGCAAUGGAAGGAGCUAAUCUAUGAAGAAGUUAUGGACUACGAGGCCCACAACACAACAAAUAUUCCCCGGUAGAGCAUGAAAUAUUCCUUAAUAAGACAGUUAUUUAGCCUAUAGCUUAUCUUCAAUACAUAAAUUUUAUUAAAAUUUAUAGUAAUCACAACUACAAAUAAAAAGCAUAAUGUUUGAUG